CAGUUUUUAAAGAAGCGUAACGCACUAAGACUGUGCAACUUCCUUUUCCGUUUUGGCGACAUAUUUGGUUGCAUAAUGUUGAUGCCCAAGAAGAACCGAGUUGCCAUCUUUGAGUACCUCUUCAAGGAGGGCGUGAUGGUCGCCAAGCGAGACUUUUUCGCCCAGCGACAUCCCGAGGUCGACGUGCCCAAUCUCCAUGUUAUUAAAGCUUGCACGAGUUUGAAGUCGAAGGGCUUCGUAAGGGAGCAGUUUGCCUGGAGACAUUUCUACUGGUAUCUGACGAAUGACGGCAUCCAGUAUUUGCGAGAUUUCCUCCACCUUCCAGCUGAGAUAGUUCCUGCCACGCUGAAACGUCAGACACGCCCAGAAACGGCCAGACCAAGACCGAAGGGCCCAGAGGGACCUGCCAGACCUGGCAUGGACCGAGAUCGUCAAGAGUACAGGAAAACUGGACCACCUGGCGGUGGAGACAAGAAGACCGACGCUGGAGCUGGUGCUCAGGAAUCCUUCCAGUUUAGAGGAGGUGCCAGUGGUGGAUUUGGUAGAGGACGGGGAGGAUUUGGUAGAGGUCGAGGAGAAUCCACUUAAACAGGACAAAAUAUGUGCUUGUAAAUCGUGUAAUAAACUUUGGUCCUCAG